AUGAGUACCAAUGCAGAGUUCGACAUCGUGUCGAGCUAUCGCCGUAUUCUCAAUGAGGACCCAGAGCUUACUAUGCCUGUUGCGGCCAUUGAAGCCCUCGUAGAAGCCAUCGCACAGAGCUCAGUAUCGACCGUCGCCGAAACACUCGAUCUUCUCGAACGCCAUACUGCCGCCCUCAAAGCCUCGAUCGCAAACCCAAUCUCGCUUUCUGCCGGCACCGAUCUCUUCCAGCGCUACCUCAUUACCACCCUCAACCGCCCAGCUAGCCUGAAUCUCGGUCCUGACGAUGACUUCCGCGCCAUUCGCAACCAUCUACUGUCCAACGGCAAGUUGUUCGUAGAACGGGCCAAGCAGAGUCGAGAGAAGAUUGCCAGCUUCGGCAAGCACUUCAUUCGCGACGGAGCCACUGUGCUCACGAAUGGUGGCUCGCGUGUUGUUGGCGCGCUUCUGAGGCGGGCAGCCGAGUCCAGCACGAUCCGCUUCAAGGUCAUCUACGUUGUGCCGUCCUCGCACACCUCUGAUGCCAAUGAAGGCGACCAGACCGUGUCCGAUCUGCGCGCACACAACGUCCCUGUUGCUACUAUCUCGGAUUCCGCAGUAGCAUAUUCGCUGGGCAAAGUGGACAUGGUCAUUGUUGGAGCAGAGGGCGUCGUUGAGAACGGAGGUAUCAUCUCACGCAUGGGAACAUACCAGAUGGGUCUGCUGGCUAAGAGCAAGGGCAAGCCAUUCUACGUGGUUGCGGAGAGCCACAAGUUCGUCAGGCUGUACCCUCUCAGCCAGUUCGAUCUGCCCAUCGAGCAGAAGGUGCUCGAUUUCAAGGUCACAGAUGAUCCCAAGGCCAGCAAGGCAGGGGCCAAGGACGCAGUUGACGAGGGUAUCGCCGACAUGACCUUGAAGCACACAUCGACAGGGCUGAAUGCCGAGGAUGCCGUCGACUUCACACCCCCCGAUCUCAUCUCUGGAAUCAUCACAGAGUCCGGUGUACUCACACCGUCUGCAGUCUCGGAAGAGUUGAUCAAGAUCUGGUUCUGA